AUGAAUUCAGAAUGGCAACAGAUGUUGAUGGAAGAUUUGAAUGCCAAAUUGCUCUAACGUGUUGAAUUGAUAGGGCAUUACGAAGAACUCGAAGAAUUGUUAGAGUUUCAGAAAACCAAUAGUACUUUCGAAUAUAGUUUGGCCAUUAAACUUCAAGAGCUAGCUUAAGAAAUUCAAAACAAUUGUUCUUCAGAUCAAAAGAUUAAGAGUUUGAUUAAGGAGAGAGAAACCUUGCAUUAAGAACUAAACAAAAGGAUGGAGGAGCAAACCCUCCAAGUUUUUGAAUAAUAUAUGGCUAAUUGGAUUAGUGAUUUUAAGGGGUUUAGAGUAAUACAUGGAGAGGAGAAGUAUCAAUAACAGUUACUUGAAUAAAAGGAGUAGAUAAAAGGAAUGAUAUACACAUAGUACAACAAAAAGAUAUAAGGCAUUACUUAAAUAUACUAACAAUUCAACUAAAUAGACCAAGCCAUUUAAUACAAUAUUUUUUAUGUGGAUAACGAUUUGUCUAGCCAAUUAAAUCAGCAAUAAAAUAGGACAAAUCAAUCAAUCCUUCAAAAGAGGGAUGAUACUCUCCAAUUAUCCUAAAUAAUUCAAUCAUCAGAUCUCUCCAAAUAAAUCGUUAAUUCAUAAUAAGAUGACUCCUUAAUCUAACACAUGGAUGAAUUCAAUAACAUCAUUACUAAAUCCUCUCAUCCAAUCAAAUUACAUACUAUUUAUGAAGAAUAACUAUUAAACAGCAAUCAACCUAUCAGAUAACAUUAUCAUAGCAAAACUAUAUUUAGUCAUAAACAUUCAACUGCUUAAAUCAGUCCCUAAAUGUCUAAGUCUUACUACUUGAGAGACAAUCCUUUAAAGAGAUCAUUAACAAAAGGGACUUUGUUACUCAAAAAGUUCUCAAAUAUACCAUAGAAAAGGGAGUUUGAUGUAUUUCAACAUCAAAACCCUACGUAAUUGGGCUAUGGGCUAAGGAUGGCAUAAUUGACUUAGGAUAGAAUUGAGUUUAGAAAUCAAUUGAAACCUUAGAGUGAUAAUUCCCAAAUAAAUACAGGGAUAUCUAAAGAGAAAGCCGAGCAAAAUGCAGGACAAAGAAAACAAUGUUCCAAGUCUCUCUUAUUGGCCUUUGCAAAUUCUCACUCUAAAUCAAGGGUCAAUUGA